GCGUAAGCGAAAAGAAAAUUCCGCGGGUCACUUGACUGUUUGGGAAUAAUGUCGGGCAACGUUGGGAUGGAACAGCUUAUCCCGUUGGUUAACCGGCUGCAAGAUGCAUUUUCCUCAUUAGGAGUCCCACUCAAUUUGGAUCUGCCUCAGAUCGCUGUAGUCGGAAGCCAAAGCGCAGGAAAAAGCAGUGUUUUGGAAAAUUUCGUCGGUCGAGACUUUCUCCCUCGUGGAAGUGGGAUUGUCACACGCCGACCUUUGGUCUUGCAACUAAUCAAUUCGCGCAACGAAUAUGCUGAAUUCCUCCACUGUAAAAACAAGCAGUUUACAGACUUUGAUGAGGUUCGUAAAGAAAUAGAAGCGGAGACAGACAGGCUAACUGGAAGUAACAAAGGAAUUUCCAACACCCCUAUUAAUCUUCGUGUUUACUCUCCCAAUGUUCUCAACUUAACUCUGAUUGACUUGCCUGGAAUGACUAAAGUUCCUGUCGGUGAUCAACCUCUAGAUAUUGAAGUUCAAAUUAGAUCAAUGAUUUUGGAAUUUAUUACGCAGGAAAAUUGUUUAAUUUUGGCUGUUUCCCCCGCAAAUUCCGAUUUAGCUAAUUCAGAUGCAUUAAAGUUGUCCAAAGAAGUAGACCCUCAAGGUUUGCGAACAAUAGGAGUAGUAACAAAGUUGGAUUUAAUGGAUCAGGGUACGGAUGCUCGAGAAAUCUUGGAAAACCGUCUUCUGCCACUUAGAAGAGGCUAUAUCGGUGUGGUUAAUCGUAGUCAGCGGGAUAUUGAAGGUCGUAAAGAUAUUAAAGCUGCUUUAGCAGCUGAAAGAAAAUUCUUUCUAAGUCAUCCAUCUUAUCGUCAUAUGGCUGAUCGAAUGGGAACACCAUUUUUGCAAUCUACAUUAAAUCAACAAUUAACUAAUCAUAUUCGAGAUACUUUACCUGGUCUAAGAAAUAAACUCCAAUCACAAAUGCUAGCUAUGGAAAAAGAAGUUGAAGAAUAUAAACAUUACAAACCUAGUGAUCCAUCUUUUAAAACUAAAGCUUUGCUCCUAACAGUACAAAGUUUUGAAAAAGAUUUUCAUCAUGCAAUUGAUGGAGGAGGUUCUGAAAUAGAUACAAAAACGUUAUCUGGUGGCGCAUUAAUUAAUCGUAUAUUCCAUGAGCGUCUACCAUAUGAAAUGAACAAGAUCGAAACUGAUGAAGAAGAAUUACGGAAAGAAAUAAGUUACGCCAUUCGUAAUAUACAUGGUAUUAGAACUGGAUUAUUCACGCCUGAUUUAGCUUUCGAAACUAUAACUCGUAAACAAAUUGAUAAAAUGAAAAUACCGUCAUUGAAAUGUGCUGAUUUAGUUGUGGCUCAAUUGACUGAAAUUGUACACGCAUGUACUGCACGUAUGGAGAAUUUUCCACGUUUAAGGGAAGAAACAGAGCGUAUUGUGAAUCAAUGGAUUCGUGAAAGAGAAAUUCGUGCCAGAGAUCAAAUUGUACUGUUAGUUGACAUACAGUUAUCCUAUAUGAAUACCAAUCAUGAAGAUUUUAUUGGUUUUGAAAGUGCAGAACAACAGUCGUCAGAAGUAGCAAAAAAUAAACCUGGAAAUAAGGUAAUUCGUAAAGGUUGGUUAUCUUUGCAAAAUGUUACUUUGCUUCGUGGAGGUAACAAAGAUUUUUGGUUUGUAUUGAAUACUGAAUCAUUGACCUGGUACAAAGAUGAUGAGGAGAAAGAAAAGCGUUAUGUCCUAUUAUUGGAUGGUUUAAAAAUACGCGAUAUUGAAACGGGAUUUUUCGGCAAAAAACAUGCUUUUGCACUAUUUUAUCCGGAUAAUCAUAAUGUCUACAAAGACUAUAAACAAUUGGAAUUGUGUGCUGAAUCAGCUGAAUUAGUUGAUUCAUGGAAGGCAUCAUUUUUGCGUGCUGGUGUUUAUCCAGCUAAAACUAAAUCGGAGAAAACGGAGCAAUCUGACACUUCAUCACUUGAAUCCAGUGAGCCUCAGCUGGAACGUCAAGUAGAAAUUAUACGAAAUCUAGUCGAUUCAUACAUGAAAAUUGUGAUUAAAACGCAGUUAGAUUUGGUACCAAAAUUGUUAAUGCAUAUGCUUGUUAAUGAGAUUAAAUCCUUCUUAAAAGGUGAACUAUUACCAAAUUUAUAUCAAGCUGGUGACUUGAAUUCCUUAAUGUCUGAAUCAUUGGGGGUUCAACAAAAACGCGAUGAAAUGGUCCGCGUUUAUGAUGCUAUGAAAGAAGCGUUGAAUAUUAUAAGUGAAGUGUCUAUGUCCACUGUAUCAACACCAAUUCCACCGCCAGUCAAUGAUGACUGGUUACAGAGUGAUAUUCCAGGCGGUUUAACUGCUCCGGGAUCUACAGGUACACUUCCUCCUCCUAGUCCAACAGCUAAUCGUCGUCCACCAGCACCACCUCCUCCUGGUGGAUGGAAUUCUACAAGUAAUACGGGUUCAAUCAAAGGCUCUGGUCCCAGACAAGUACCAUCAGUUCCUGCUAAAACAAGUUCUGGACAACUACCUUCUCCAUUGAUUCCGCAUUGUCUGUAAAUUCAGUCAAUAAAUAUGUGUGAUACUACUUACGUUUUCUGUUGGGUACUGGUUUAUUUUGUACUUGGAGGGGGAGUUACUUCAUAAUAUUACAUUAUUCCUGUUGUAAACAUGAUAAACUGCACUGUUUUCUUAAAUUAUUUGUCUUUUUGUUGUUUCAUGUGUUGUGCAUUGUAUAUGUUGUCACUUAUUUCUGUUUUAUUCAUUUUGUACGUCUGUUUUUCAUCGAUGCACAUUUCCUACGAUUACUACUACCGUCACAAUUGUAAAUCUCAUGUUUUACAUGUAUACGUGCACAUUCUAUACAUGUGUAUGUAUGUAUAGACGGUUGUAUCCAGCUGACAUGUUCUCGAUCGUGAAAGAUUCCAAUUCUCCUGGAUUAAUUAAUUCUAUGACAAGUUUUCCACUAGUACCACCAUCCAUUCCUGCGCGUCGUUGAUAUUACCUAUUAGAUGUCGUUGAUAAGUCACAUCACUCAAACACUGUUAUCAGAAUCCAUUAAUGCAAUUAUUUAUUCUUAAAAUCAAUAUUACAUUUUCUUCUAAUAAUAAUAUUAUAUUGUGAAAAACAAUUUCAGUUGGUGACGAGUUAUGUCAAACAAUUAUACAUUUCAAUAUGUUACAUCAGUUAACUUACAUGCGAACCUCCAUGCACAUGGACACACUCAUAUAUAUAUCAAAUUUGUGAAGCUUGGUUAAUAACCAAGCUGUUUUGAUGCAUAAUAACAAAUAUUGUUGUAUACUUCAUAAAUUAUUCUUAUUGUUGUAAUCAAUCUCAUUCAACAUUAUCAUCAUCAUAUUCCUUACCGUCUUCAACUUUAUCCUUCAAACCAUAUAUUUACACAGUAGUAUACGGUUACACUAUUGAUCUUUUAUUUAAAAUUCUGUUUGUAAUUAUAUUACAGUUGUUAUUCCUUUAUCACUAUUAUCAUUACCUAAAACCCAUACUACAUUUAUUACCAAUUUAUGGUAAUGUUAACGAUAAGUAUAAUAUUACUUAUGAUUGGUUUGGAAAAUAUUAUUAUUCAUUCCUUGUUCUUUGUGUUUUUAUUCACUCGUUAAUUAAUUGAAAUAUGUUGUGAUGGAGGAUUACUAUUUAUUUUGUAGAUAUUUCCUUCAUUUUGUCAUAAGUUAAUUAUUUAAUGGUUUUUUUAUAUUGACUGGGAUAUUGUUGUUAAUCAUAAGGUGGUAUAACUUAUAUUUUAGCAAAGAUUAUUAGAAAUCAAAUUGUCUUCUAAAUAAUGGAUAUACAUAUAUUAAAACUUAUUAUUUGCUUUCAGAGAACUAUGUAUAUAGUUUGUCCACAAAAAAAAUGCAAAUUAAGA